AAUAGAUGUGUCAAGAUGGGAAACAUCAAAAUGGCAAUCAGACUUCAAUAUAGUUGAUUGCUCAGCAUUACAUAAGACAAAAAUACUGGCCAUUCUCUCUGAGACUAUUGUAGUUGCAUACCUGAGAACGUAUAUUAUUGCUGGCAUUUAAAAAUGUCUGAGACCAAAUAUUAAUGUAUACAUAUGACAGAUAUUGUGUAAAAUUAUCAUUAGUCUGUUUUUUUUAAACACAUUUGUGGCUGACAGAAGGAGGCUGGGUGGAUUAAUGGCACGUAUUGUUAGUCAUAGUGUUUACAAUCAAAAAGCAUAUCACUUAAACUUUAAAUUGUAGAAACAUUUAUUAAAAAGGGGAGAGGGCUUUACUCAAAAGAUACAUUUAGAAAUUAUUUAGAAAUAUUUAGAAAAUAUACAUUUACAUAUAUAGCCUGUGUAAUCCAUGGUAUUUAAUCACAAAAUAAAACAAAUAUGAUCUAGAAUUUUGUUUCAAAGUAUCUCUAGCCACCCAGUUGUUUCACAUUUGUUGGGACUUGUACCAUAAAUUUACCGUAGCAACCAUAGUUUCCGCCAAAUACUAUAGUUACUGAGAAUUUAGUCCUAUUGACAAUUCAAGUAGAACUAGAAUGGUGUUUUUUUGUUUCCAUCAACCAGUUAAAAUCUCAAUAAUAGAAGUCAACACAGUACCAGAAGAGACCCCCAUAGACCAUUAUGAAGUUUCCAUUAAAACCAAUACAAUUUCUGUGGUUGUUUUUUUCAGCAGGGUUAAAAAAAUCAACAAAAUGUUGAAAUUAUAUACAGUAUGGUAUUUUGGCAGAAGCUAUAGUAGUAUAGUUACCGAAGGGUUCAACUCAAUAUUUCGGAUUCCUGCUAUAUCUGAUGGGUGUGUCGAGAGAUUAUACAGGAGAACCGACACACGAGAAGUUAGGCUAACUUACUCGACACAGAUCAGCGCAAACUAGUUUUCAUUUCUUUUCUUUUUUGCCAUUUGUGAUCAAUUCAAGCAAGCCCACCCUGAUUCACAUCAUCCACUACAGCCUUUAGAGGAAAACAGGACUGACACAUAUAUUUUUGGCUCUCCAACUCUUGAAACAUGGCCGAACAGCUGCAGAAGUUUGUUUCACAAAAGAAGGAUGUUGUGGAGACCGUGAUGGAUGUCUUCGAGCAGGGUGCUGAAGUGGUGGCCAGCAUCGCUGGAGAUCUGUUCCCCGUUUUCGCCAUCGCAGCUCCUCUUGUGAAGCUGGCGCUGGAUAACGUGGAAAGCAAAGAGGCGGUGUACAUGGCUGAACAGUUUCAGAAAGUACGAGAUCGCCUCGAAGCCGUUUCCGAAGAGAUCCAGCAGAUCAACGAGGAGAUCAAGAAAAGCGGGAUAGAUACUAGCUACUUCUCCGUGGAAGAGAACCUGACCAACCAGUUCCGCAAAUUUAUGGACAUUCUCAAAGCUAAACCUAAAUUCAAGGAGGUGAGAAAGAAGACAUUUAUGGAACACUUCAAGAAGACAGGUGGUGACAACAACCUCCACAAACUGUAUAAUGCUGUAACAGGGAAUAACUUCUCUGGAGAGUCUGUGCUGGAGAUCACGCUGAAUUACGAGCAGAAGAGCCGCAGGCCGGUGGAGGAAUUCUGCGCUAUGCUCAAGCAACUGUUUUGCAUCGGUUUGAUCGCUUUACUGGGACACGCAGCCCUGGAAGAAUAUGGCGAAGAGGAGAAGUUGCUUCAAGAGUGGGGCGAGAAGAUGAAAGUGGUUCAGUCUAAAAUAACCGUAGUUGUCGAAGACUGCAUCAACAGCUUUCCCACACAGGCUGAGCUGGAAGCCAAACGCAUCGUAAGAGACCACAGCGACAAAACCAACCAGCAACUGGCUGACAUGUUAACGGACCAUUUAAAAAAUAAGUACGACUGGGUGUGCUGGUCGGUCCGUGUCUUUAACUCUCCCAAAGGUCUGUUCGCCAACAAGAAAGACUUCCACGGUUUGACGGGAAAGAGUCGGUUUCAGGUGCCGGCGUCGGAUGAGAAGUUAAAUGUUGUGAUCUCCUACAGCGCCUCACCUGAACCCAUUGAUAAAGACCGGAUACAGACUUUUGUGUCAGAACAGAAGAAGCCUGAGAUGACGCCGAUGGCUGAACAGCUUUUUGAGAUAAUCCCUCAUUGUGUGGUGCAUACAAUCAAGACCUCGUGUAAAGAUUUGGGCUUCUCCUGCAGCUUCUCUGAUGAACUACAGUACUAUAGAGAGUUCAAGAACUUUUAUGUCUUUCUUCAUUCUGCUUAAAACAAGCAGAAAACAGUAAUGCCAUACUCAACAGCUAAACAGAUGUUUAAGAAUGAGUUUGCAACAUGAUAUUUUAGUAAACCACAAUAAUUACAGUUCAAAACCAUUCUGUGGUUAUGAUGUAAGGGCCAAAACAUAUGUUAGUGACAUCUGAAAGUUUUUUGUACUACUAUUUUUGAAGUAUGUGAUAAACAAAGAAAUCAAUACAAUACAAACAUAAAUCUAUCUAUCUAUCUAUCAUCUUCUUUCAAAGCACAAGUAUAAUCAUACAUACAUCAUGUUGUGCCUUUAAUAUUUUCCAGAAGCCAAGACUAGAGAUUGUCGACAUGAUCACCUGCACAUUGUCCCGAAAAUAUAGUAUUUUCUCACAGCUCCAUAAGAUCUGCUUCCACACUGUGGCUAGCUAGCCUGUUGCCUGAAAACUUGUCUACUUUUAUUCUUUGGUGUAAUAAAGAAAUACAUUUGACAUUCCCUCUA